UGCUUCAUGAACUGUCUUAGAGACAUUUUCUUUUGCUUCUCUUAAUAGAUCACAGUCACUUUAUUCUAAAGCCUAAUCAGUGGAGCAGAUGUAUGGUUGUUAAGAUAUAUUGCUUUGUGUACAGCUAUUGUAAUAUAGGCAUGGGGUGUAGCAUCUUGUCCUGUGUAUCUUGAAUGUUGAAUGGAUUACUUUCUAACAUGUUGAUUUUUUCACAAUUUAACCAACAGAAUUUUGGCCACAUCUUGACUGAAGCUUCUUGGAUGAGGAUGAUCGGUACAGGUGGCUGGCUAGGGGCACUACAGCUCUCCAUCCUGUGCCUGAUUGCGGCCCGCUGCGAUUUCCCCCCUGCAAAGAAUGUCCACCUCCUGCAGCCCGAAGAGUUUAAACUGGUUCUCAACCAAGGACUCCAAGAGUUCCCAGUGGACUGCCAUGAGAUCUGGCAGAUGUCAGGGGGCCAGGCAUGGGAUGGGCUCUAUCUCAUCCAGCCCGCAGGGUCCCUCAUUGUGGCUUAUUGUGCCAUGCAGGAAGGCGGCUGGACUGUGGUGCAGCACAUCACUGUCAACAGUACAGUGGACUUUGACCGCACCUGGGACGAGUACAAGCUGGGGUUCGGGGCACUCACUGGGGACCACUGGCUGGGAAACAAUUACCUGCACCAACUCACGAGUCGGCCCGUUCGCUACAAGCUGAGGGUGAAGCUGGUGGACAAGGACGCAGUCACGAAGAUGGGUGAGUAUGACCCCGUCCUGGUGGAGGGUGAGGAGAGCCAGUACAGAUUGCGCCUAGGGCUCUUUCAAGGCACAGCUGUGGAUGCCCUCACCCAAGACACCGAGAACUACCUUCACGACAACCAGAAGUUUACCACCAAGGACCGUGACAAUGACAACUACUUCCAGAACUGUGCUCAACUGGAGUUCCAGGGUGUGCCCGGAGGGGGUUGGUGGUAUGAUGCCUGCGCGGGAGCCAACCUCAACCGCCGCAAUGUCAUCUACUGGCAGAAGGACUGCAAUAAGGAGCAUCUCUGCAAGUAUGCCUGGAUGAUGGUGAAGCCCUCCGGCUUCAGCAAGGGUGUCCACUUUGGCAGCUGUCCGAAGGAUGAGCUCUAAAUAAAUCUCAUCCAAUAAAAAGAAAUCGAUGAACCCAACCACCGGGAAUGCAGACGGGCCAGUGGGACCAUUGCUUGGUACGUUUUUCCUACAGCUCAGUGAAGAGCACUAUAUGAUCCUUUGUGGAAUCAAACCCAUGGCAUUAUCAGUAGUGCUGCACAAAUUCUGAUUGAAAUUCAGUUUGAAACCACAGUGGUCUGAAUCCAAAAACCAAAAUUUUACUUUUAAAAUAUAUGUGCUUUCAUAGUUGCACAUUUAUUAUCAUUUAAA